ACCAGUUAAAGUGCAAGUUCUCUUUUAAAUUUAGAAAUGGCAAUUUAGCAGCUGUUGCCACAGCAUUAAAUUGCUUAACUUUAAGAAUCAGGCUGGACUGUGAUCUGAACUUUGUGUCAACUUGUCAACUUCAAUUCAGAAUCAACAAAACAUAGGAUUUAUAUGUCCUUUAAAAGCUCAAAAGGGAUUUAAAUGUGGAGUGUGAUGAUAUGUAAUAAGCAAAUAAGUAAUCUGUUGUGUUUGUGCACUUCUGGUGACAGAGACUGGGCUACAUGUGAGCUGAGAGGGUGAGAAUCCUUUACUUCUGCUUGGUGCAGAGAUUAAAUUUUUGCUAUAUUAGACAUUGUUGAUCAUAUUGAUUAAUCGCUGGAGCCCUAAUUGGCUGUUAUGUGUAUUUUACAGAAUAUUUGCACUUCUUUACUCUCAUGUUUCACAGUUUUUAACCAUAACCAUACAUUCUAUGGACAUUUUACAUACUAUAGUGUGCAUGAGUUUCGUAAUCUUUUCCAUCUUUUCCAACACGUGCACAUGACCUCUCACCACAUCCACUUUAAAAUGGGAACCUGUCAGCUAUAUCUAUCUGUGUUUAAGCCUGUAGUAAAGCACCCAUAUGCAUGACGCAUUGACGCCUCAAUGUCAGGCCAGUCCGUGCCAAUGGUGUUUUCUCCCAGCAUUUUCCAGCCAGGGGGAAACAAAUGCAGUGGCAGUAGUAAGAAGCUAAUACUGGCAACAAAGAGCAGCUGACUCCUGUAUAUUUAGCAUAGGGCCAAUCCAAGAGAGCAGUUUAACUGUGGCAUGGGCUGGCAUUCCCUUCUCCUUGAGGCGUGGGGAUAGUGAGAGAUGCAGGGAGGGGAGUCUCUGUGUGUGUGUGAGUGUAAGAGAGUGAGAGUAAGAGAGAGAGAGAGAGCCGGAGAGUAGGGGGAGUGAGUGUAUUGGUGUAAAGCCUCAGUUUGUGAGCCAGAGCGGUUGGAGGUAGAGAGUGCACUGCAGUCAGCAGCAUGUUUCUUCUUACUAUUGGACUUUAUCUGCCUCUCCUCCUUCACCAUGCAUCAGCAUACUCCUUUAUCGACAACAUUUACCCCUUUCCAGCAGAUCUGGAGGCACUGGAACCCAGGAAGAAAUUCAACCCAUGCUGUUUACUGGCUCCACCUCCACCCCCCCUGUUCCCCCCACCCCCCUCCCUGUGGCGCAGGCCUACGAAUGAUGAAGGCAACAUAUGGCCAGGACCAGGGAUCAAAGAAGAAGAGGAUCAUAAAGAAACAACCUCUACCUGCCCUGUGGGACCACCUGGACCAGUUGGCCCUGCAGGACCACAGGGUCUUCCUGGAUUGCCAGGAAUAAAGGGACCAAAAGGAGAAAAGGGAGAAAUUGGGAGACCUGGACAAAAGGGACGCACUGGUCCUCCUGGUCUCCCAGGCCGACAAGGACCAAGUGGAUGGCCAGGACCAAGUGGGCCCAAGGGGGAGAAAGGUGACCCUGGACUUAUGGGUAUGCCUGGGGCAAGAGGACCAAUAGGACCCAGGGGAUUGCCUGGAUAUAAAGGAGAAAAGGGCUCAAGAGGAGACAGAGGUGAAUCUGGGCAGAAGGGUGAGAAGGGCACAAUGGGUCUACCAGGGAUGCUUGGCCAGAAGGGUGAAAUGGGCCCAAAAGGAGAGCCUGGAAUCUCAGGAAACAGGGGACCCACUGGCCGACCAGGAAAGAGAGGCAAGCAGGGGUCAAAGGGAGAUACUGGCCUUGUUGGACCAAUGGGACCUGCAGGUCUUCAGGGCCCUCCUGGUCAUCCAGGUCCUCCUGGUCUUCCUGCUUCAGGGCUGUACAUGGUGGGGCCAAAAGGGGAGAAAGGGCAGCCAGGAAUCCCAGGCCGCUGUGGCUGCAACUCUCCUAUGAACAUCAACAGCCCAACUUUUGACAAGCACUCAUUCAGGAGCAGCUACCCCAAAGUGCCAGCAAUUUUUGUGGUGGAUAAUGAACAGGAGCUGGACCGUCUGCAGACUGAUAAUGCACUUGCUUUCCGCAAAGACCAGAGGGCUCUUUAUUUUAAGGACAUUAAUGGAUGGCUUCCAAUUCAGCUAACACCGUUCCAGUCCAUGGAGCAUGCUCCAGAUAUGGAUGGUGUCUGUGGGGAUGGCAUUGUUCAUGUGGAGAAUGGAGAGGAGUGUGACGAUGGAAACAAGGUGGUCACGGACGGCUGCGUCAAGUGUAGACAUGCGUACUGUGGAGAUGGCUAUCGCUAUGAGGGAGCUGAGGAGUGCGAUGGAAAAGAUUUUGGAUACGAGACCUGCAAAUCCUAUCUGACUGGAACGUAUGGACAUCUCAAGUGCACAUCUGACUGCUUCAUUGACUCUACAAACUGCAAGUAUUUUACAUGAGGAGACAGAAGAAACACAGUGGAGCCCACAGUCCCGUGUGAGCAGCAGGGGACAAGAUUCAGGUAACCUGAGACACUGCAAACUACGAGAAUCCACGGACGUGAUGAGAAAAUGUUUGAUGGGGGGAAUUAGUAAGAAUAUGUAUAUUGUGCUACUUUGUUGAAAUGCUGCUGAGAAGCCACGUAUAGGGAAAAUAGCUCACUGGGAAAAGAGCAGUCAGUCCGUUCAGUCAUGGCAAAUGCACAGGACCCGUCGCUCUCUGUCUUAAAAGAACUCAACCGGGAUUUCAGACACUGUUCUCCCAUCCUCCUCCUCCUCUCCCUCCUCUCUCUGCUCUCUGGUGCUGGGAACCUGCCUCAACAUUCUGCUUAGAUGAUCUGCUACACUAAGAGGAACCUGGGGAGCCUGCUGUCUUGAGAAGCCAAGACCAGACCAGGCCACGCCAGUCUCUUCAUCAAUACCUCAAUGUAGAACAUUUUUAUUCCACAAGAAGUAGGCCAUCUUCUCGUGGUCCAACUCCACUGUCCUUUGCCCGGGGUGCUGUGUAUCUGGACUGCACUGUGAACAAUGAAUUUACUGUAGAAUGAAACGGGGAUUUGCAUGGGGCUGAGAUCGCCGUAGGCUACAGCAACAAGCUACUUAAGGUAUGUAUUCAUGGGAAUAAAAAAUAAUAUUAAUAAAAAAGCCACUUUAAAGACUCCUUAAAGCUUCAUACAUACAUAGACUUUGGUUGAUCAGCAUUGACCAGAUCAGAAAACCAAGCACCAAGAACAUUCUAGCUUAAACAGGCUUGCUCUGCUUUCGUGCCUAGUCUUUGAUGCUAGUGCUCAGGAGGUCCUUGAUCUUUUCCACAGACAGGUGGGCUGCUAAGCCAAGCGCAUGGCUGUCAAAACAUCAGCUGAGCUGCAAGGUCAGAAAAGCCCUCUCUGGGGAAAACAAUAGGAAGAAUUGAGCGAGCUUAAGCUACUAAUGCUGCUCGACUGAAGCAGUAUGUGGAGGUGCUCUGGCUAUAGUCUCGAUAAAAGGUCAGGGGUAGAUUUUAGCUCCACAUUCGCAUUCAUACCUCAGUGAAGAACUCUGUGAAGAGUCCUCUCAUCAGUAGAACCUUGUCCACCUCUGUGCCCAGGUGGGGCAAGACUGGCAUAUUCCAAUAUUCCAGUAUUCCAGUAUGCUUAAGCUGAUUUAUCUGGUAUUGUUGGUAUCAUUGGUAUUGUUGGCACUGCUGACGUUGCUGUGUUUUGUCUAAUCUGAGUGUGUAUGCUAUCCAUAGUUGAUCUUUCGGAUCUUGCCUCCAAGGUGGUUGUUCCAGGUGGUUCAUGGCUCUCAAACUGUUAUAAUAGAUUUCUCUACUGUCAUGCAGAUUUGGCAGAUUUGGAAGUCUAUCGCUGCUAUCAUGUAGGCUAAAGACUGUUGGAUGAAAGGAACCUCAAUACUGGACCUGCCUUCUGUAACAUGCCUUCGCUCUCUGUGCACAGUGUAGUGUAUAGCCUUAAACACGUAUAUAUGUACUGUAUAUAGCCCUGUAUUGGUCUGCUUUUCUUGUAUUAAAGUGGUAUGUCAAACUUUUGAUACAGUACACUGUAAGCUACAUUUUUCCAUAAGCUAUAAAAGCUAUAAGCAGCAUUUGCUAUGAUGAGGUUUCUGUACUUAAUGAUUUCUGGGGGUGAAACACCUGACCUGUCUGUAGAUCUGUACGUAUAUUACAUAAAGUAAAAAAAAAAAAAAAGAAAAAAGGAAAAAAAAAGACGAUGACAGUCUUGAAUUUGCUCUGGUGCAUGUUACUGUUACUGUAUAUUCCCACUGAUGAGAAGAUUAAGAAUGCAGUUUUAUAAGGAUGAGAAUUAAUGUACCGGUAUGUAUAUAGUUUUUUUUUUUGUUAUUUCCAAUCCAAUGAAUAUAAUGAACAAUGUUUUUAUUACUCUUUUUAUUUUAUUUUCUGAAGCAAGGAUGACUGUUAGCAAAGUGCAUUAGAUCUCCCGUGGACUGCUCUCCCUUCUUUUCAGUGAUCUAAGGAUCUGAGGAUGGCGUAUGGUAUGUUAAUGGCGUAUAUUGCACUGUAUUAUACAGCAAAUGGCACUGAGGCACAGUAGGCAUCCUCUAAUGCAGUUGCAUGUUGAUGAGCUGUAAUGCAGCGAUGACUGUUCUGUCCUGUUGUAACGUGGAGGUUAAACAAAUUCUUAUGGAAUUCUUAUGUUUGAUACAGUCUUGUAAAGGAGUCAAUAAAGGCCUAAAAUCGUA